UAUAUUAUUAUUAUUGUAUAUCUAUACUGUUUGGUGAACGUUGCCAGGGCAAUGUGUACUGGAAGACCCCCAUCGAAAUUUUCCGCCUAACAACCCAGCCAAAAACUAACUGAAAAUUGUUAUCAUCGUUAAAUAUUUAUUGAAUACGUUUCAUUGAAAAUUGUUGUUGAAAUCAUGGAUGAGUUUGGUUGCUUUGAUCCGAAGCUGCCGGCCAGCGAUAAGUCCCCAGAUUGGCGUACCUCCACAUAUCGUGGACAUCGCCACAUUACGGACACUCGCCUGGGCAGCAAGCUGAACGCCCCCCGCGAAUGCUCCAACAAGGGCAUUUUUGUUAGGGAUCCUUUGUUGCAUGAGAAGCAGCUGACUGAAAUAUCAAGCAACUAUGUGUGGAAGUAUCCCGACCCGAAUGUCUUGCGGAAUCCUUCGCUUAAUAUGAAAACGCAAUACAUGAAGCGUUUCGAGGAGGGCAAUUUACGUUUUAUUAAGCGCAAGACAAAGCCACUUAUUAGUGUCUCCCAGGAGGCCUUUACCUUCGUUGACCUCCCAUUCGAGGCAGACCAGAUACCAAUUCGCAUGCCCACACCGGUGGAGACCACCAAAGUACUUAUUGAUCGUUCCAAAAUUGGCUAUACCAAAUAUUUGGAUCCGUCGGCGACUACAUAUAAUCUCUCCUACGUCCAUUACACGCCGCAAGAUAUCAAAGCCAGCAUUGCCGCCCCAGACACUAUCACCUUUUGGAAUUGGGCAGAGCGUGGCGGGGAGACCACCACGCAUGUCACUCGCGUGGCGGAUGAGGUUAUGUGCGAUGAGACGCAUGCACUCGCCUGUCCAAAGCGUCGCCUGGAGUACCCAAGUCAGCUGAAAUGUGUUCCACACACCGGCCUGAUCACCGAGGUUCGUGCCAACUAUUUGAACCCCAGGCUGAGCAAGGAAUAUAUCGACUAUGAUACAACGGAUGUGCAGCCCGUGCUCGUCUCCGAGCCCUUUGCUCCGUUUGCCAAGUCGAGCGAGUAUGGCAUCUACGGCUCCGGCGAUCCGGUUCGCAAAUACGUUUAAGAUUGCAUUUACGUUUGAGUUGAUAACCGCCAAAUAUAUAUUUUAAUUUAAUAUUCACAACUAA